GCAGUUCAACCUCAACAAACUAACUCCCCUAUGAGUUUGAGCUUCCAGAAGACAAGGCAGGAGAGGAGCCCCCCUGGGAAUUGGAUCAUCUUCCCCAAUCUUCCUCAUUGCUCGCAUCUGUGAUCUCUCUCUUCCAUUUUGAUCCUUGUUUUUCCACAUCUCAUUGCUUAAUUGCUUCGAUUUUAAGAUGUUAUCCUCGGGUUUCGAGAGAGGAGCUUCGAAUCCCUCCCACUCCGUCAAUUGUAAGGUAUUGAUUUCGUUUUUUUAAUUUAGUAAUUAACAGUGCUUGUAGUUCUACGGCGGAUGGAUAUCUGCGGCGCCGGUGUUAAGCUGGAUUCGCAUUAUCUGAGAGAUUUUCUGAGAAUCGGAGACGAAGAUCGUCAUAGUAAUUUUGGCCAGACCGCUUCCUCGAAUGGGAGUGGAAGCCGGAGCAACCGUUCCGGCGUGACUUUACUGGCGGUGCUCACCGAUAGGACAGGACCGUCUCCGCCGCCGCCGCCGGAUGUGCCGCGCCGGAGCGUCGAGUCGUCGCGGACGCUGUUGGACGUUAUUCGCGAGGACCAAAUUGGGGGCGGGGGCGGCCGGAGAGACGGCAGGCGGAGCUGGCGGCAAUUGAGGGACAAGAUCCGCCUCCGUCACAGAGGCAACAACCAUCGCAUGGUCAUUAUGACUCGCCGCUCCGGCGAUCCCGGAGAAUCUUCUCAGUCCGGCGUAACCGCCGCUGCUAAUGUUAGGGUUCCCAUUUUGGGGGGCGAUUCGAGCCACGAAGCGGGCGGAAUCACCAGUGGAAGGUUCGAGCAGGCUGUAGCCGGAAUCCGACGCAGCGCCGGCGCCGUGGAGGCGCUGGCGGAGCAACUGCCGCCGCCGCCGGUGAGAACGUCCUUAAUGGCGUUAUUAGCGGAAAACGACUGGCAAUUAGGUACCGACGAUUCAGUCUACGUGAUGCGCGACAACAUCGAGGAGAUCGACGCUGACGAGGCGGAGGAGGAUGAGAUCUCCGGCAGCGGCGCCGCAUACAACAAUUGCUGCGUAUGUAUGGAGAGGCACAAAGGGGCGGCGUUCAUCCCCUGCGGGCACACCUUCUGCCGAUUGUGCUCCCGGGAGCUGUGGUCCCAAAGGGGCAAUUGCCCCCUCUGCAAUAACCACAUUCUGGAAGUUCUUGAUAUUUUCUAACACCAUCAUUUUCAUCAUCUUCUUCACAUUGCCCCAUGAAUCUGUUCACUCCUAAAAAGAAAAUAUUGGAUUCCUUAUAAAUCAUUUAAUCAAAGAACAUGGAAAAAAGUGCAUUCAUUAUUUCUCACUUUAAAGCCCUUUUGCCCUUUUGACUUGGAAGAUGGCCUAGUGCAGAGUUUAGGUUUGUAAGAAUCAUUUGGCAAUUUUUUACUAUGAGCAUUAACAUUUCUGCAAUUAAAUUAUGUAUGUAUGUAUGUAUGUAUGUGUUACUGGGUAUGUUGUUUGUUUAUUAGUAUAUUUUAUAUGAGUGCAGUGCAGACAUUUAGUUGUCAAUCGUCA